AUGCCAUUAGUAAGGAAUCCGAUUCUGCCAGGGUUCAAUGCGGAUCCGUCGGUACUAAGGGUUGGAGAUGAUGAUGGUUACUACAUCGCCACCUCGACGUUCGAAUGGUUUCCUGGCGUACAGAUCCACCACUCAAAGGACCUUGCCAACUGGGACCUCGUUACCCGUCCGUUGACCAGAAAGAGUCAGCUGGAUAUGCGCGGUGACCCGGACAGUUGUGGUGUAUGGGCCCCCUGUUUAACCCAUGACGGCAAGAAAUUCUGGCUUGUAUACACAGAUGUCAAGCGCAAGGAUGGCUCAUUCAAAGACAACCCCAAUUACAUCGUUCAUGCCGACAAGAUCGAAGGCCCAUGGUCUGAUCCUAUUUACGUCAAUUCUUCUGGAUUUGACCCCUCACUGUUCCACGAUGACGAUGGAAAGAAAUGGUUUAUGAAUAUGCUUCAGGAUCAUCGGAGGCGUCCACAAUUCUUUUCUGGCAUCAGAAUGCAACAAUGGGACGAGAAAACCGAAAAACUUGUUGGACCCCGGAAGACCAUUUUCCCUGGUUCAGAUCUUGGUCUUCCAGAAGGACCCCAUCUGUACAAGAGAAACGGCUGGUACUACCUUUUAACUGCAGAGGGAGGCACUGCAUAUACCCAUGCUUGCACUCUUGCUCGAUCGCGUGAUAUAUGGGGUCCGUACGAACUGCAUCCGCAAAAGCACAUCAUCACUUCGAAAGAUGCGCCGCUGGCUGCCCUGCAACGAGCAGGUCACGGAGACAUCGUCGACACGCCAGACGGCAAGACGUACAUCGUACAUCUGACAGGACGCCCAACUACGCAAGCGCGUCGCUGCGUGCUCGGACGGGAGACAGCGAUUCAAGAGGCCUACUGGGACAAGGAUGACUGGCUGUACGUGAAGAACGGACCUGUGCCAUCUCUCUACGUGGAUCUACCUGCAGAGCGCGAUGACACAGCAUACUGGUCCCCGCAACACUACGACUUCACCAGCACCGACACGCUGCACAAGGAUUUCCAAUGGCUCCGCACCCCCGAGCCCGAGCGCAUCUUCCGCCUAUCAAAAACGGGGCUGCAGCUCACAGGCCGAGAGUCCAUCGGCUCCUGGUUCGAACAAGCACUCGUCGCCCGCCGUCAGACGCACUUCUCCUACGAUGCCGAGACCGUGGUGGACUUUGCUCCAGACGACGAGCGCACGUUUGCAGGAUUAACGGCAUAUUACUGCCGCUUCAACUUCUUCUAUCUAACCGUCACUGCACAUUCUGAUGGUAAACGCGAGUUGCUGCUCAUGAGCUCAGAAGCUUCGUGGCCUGAUGGCAAUCUCAAAAUGCCGUUUCCCGAGCCUGUUUCGAUUCCGCAGGAGGGCAAAGUCAGGUUGGCGCUUAGUAUCAGAGGCCCGCGGCUGCAGUUCAAGUACGCGCUUGAGGGCGAGAAGGAACUGAAGGAUAUUGGGCCAGUGUAUGAUGCGUCGAUCUUGAGUGACGAGUGUGGUGGUCAUCAAGCACACGGCAGUUUUACAGGCGCAUUUGUAGGCGUCGCAGCAUCGGACAUGAAUGGCACAGAGAAGGUAGCGCAGUUUGAUUACUUUACCUACACACCCGUCCACCACAGUUCGGACCGGUACGAUGUUUGA